UCAUAUUUUGAAACGCAUUAACUCAGUAGCCGAUGCGCAGUGAUACAGAAAAGCGUGCAUCACUAGAAACUUGAUGCUUUUCAAGGUUUGAAAGCAACGAUGGCGAAUUCAGAUUGUGAAUCUAGCAAAAAAUGGAAUUACGAGCGCAAAAAGCUGCUUCGCUGCCAAACGCAAAAAAGAAUACAUUAGAAGAAGCUACCACCCACUGGGACUUUUAUGAGGAAAUGUACGAUGUUUACGGCACUCGCAGCGAUGUGACCGUUCCUCAGGAGACUUUAGAUUCAUCGCUAUAUGAUAUAUUGAGUGGAACCGGUGGUACUAACGAUUUUCUUGAAUUAGAUAGCACAUCGCCAAAGUCAAAAUCAAAAUUAGAUCGAAAGAAGUGCGAGGUUGUAAGUUUUUUGGAAAAAGAAGCCUCUGCAGACAAAGAAAUUUUAAAAGAGUUGAUGCAGGUAGAAAAAAAAAAGCUGGAAGUGGAUAAGCAAAAAGUGGAGGAAAUGCGAAGCCUCCGUUUGCUACUGACAUCUAUGUCUAAUUACCAAUAGAAUACAUUACUGGCAGAGUUUAGUUGGCUGUGCAAAGCACA